CCCACUGGGCCUAUGGCAAUAACAAAAUGUCCUUGAGAUGUUAUUCUGAACUCUUAAACAGGGUUUCCUUUUCUAAUGGAACCCCACCCUGAGAAGAACAAAUUAAUUCCUUUCUCUCCAAACAUUAUAAAUUCUGUUUUGAUGCAAUGAUGAGGAAAAACCAUAGAAAGAGUUAAAGCUCAUUCAUGACAAAAAUUAAUUUCAUCAAAAAUGUGAAAGUUGUCAUGUACUAUUUAAAACAGUUGAACAAUGGUUGGAACUAUGUCAGACAACCAGUACUGUAAUUUGAUAUAGUUUCCAGAAGUGGCAUGACAAAUUCUGUUUCAGGGCCAUGUUGACUUAAAAUUAAUUGCCCAACCUUGCACAACCAGAAUAUGCCACAAUAGGAAAAGGUGCGCUAUCCAUAUAUAUGUGUUUUCAUGUCCACCUGUGGAUAUAUAUACCCUUCAUAUCCUUUAAUAGAGAGACCUGAUCUCCUAAAGAUAGAACAGGUGCCUCAUCUUGCUCUGAAAAUCAGUGCAAUGACUCUACAACCUGUGCUGCUCUGCUUAAUUACUCUACUGUUUUCAUCUUCUGUUGGUUCUCAGAGUCCAACCUUUGAAUCACUAUCAACUAAAAAUGAGGCUAUCCAAGAGGAAAUAGUAAAUAAGCACAAUGACCUGAGAUCAAAUGUCUCACCUCCUGCAAAGAACAUGUUAAAGAUGAAAUGGAGUCCAGAAGCACAAGAAUCAGCCCAAUCCUGGGCAAAUAAAUGUACUUUAGAACACAGUUUGGUAAAGAAUAGAACAAUAGGAAGCCCAUGUGGUGAAAAUCUCUUUAUGUCAACUGUUCCCAUGCAUUGGUCAAAGGCUAUCCAAGCUUGGCAUGAUGAAGUUUCAAAUUUUGAAUAUGGGAAAGGACCGAUUGACCCAAAUCAACCAGUUGGACAUUAUACUCAGGUAGUGUGGCAUUCAUCUUUCAAAGUAGGAUGUGGAGUAGCCUAUUGCCCUGAUGCAACAUACCCGUAUUUUUUUGUUUGCCAAUACUGUCCAAGUGGAAAUUAUGGGACUAAAUACCCUUAUGAAAAAGGAGCAUCCUGUGACAAGUGCCCACAUUCCUGUACUAACAACCUGUGCAACAAUCCCUGUCUAUAUACCAAUAAAUUUGGAAACUGUGAAGAAAUGAAAAAUAAAGUUUCCUGCCGCAAUAAAUAUGUCAAGAGCAACUGUAAGGCUACCUGUCUGUGUGUCAAUGAAAUCUAUUAAAAUUUUAUUCCAUCAACAUGGAUAACCGGAACAAAGUAACAACAGCAAUGGUUGUUUAAAAUUUGUAAUAUACUUACAGUAAAGUUGUAAGAUACUAGUUCCUAAUAAGUUUCAGAAAUUAAUGAGUCAUUUGAUCCUGGGCACCAUUUUCUUUUCAUUAAAUCAUUUAGAUGUUUGCAUGUGUCUUAUAAACAAUGUUUUUAAAUUGGCACUCUGAAAUUAAAAAAAAAUAAUAAUAAUAAACCCUUUUCCUCUGGUUUAAAUUUAUUUUAAAAUUUCUUCCAAUAAUAGUGUUCUUUGCAAAAUUAAUGGAUUGAAAUUGGUUUUGAAAUUUGGCCAUAUACUUCAUUCUAAGAUCCUAAGAUCACAAUCACUGGUCCUGAGCUAACCAUGAAAACUCAGUUUUCAAAGAACAGAAUACAAAAAGAGUUUAUGAGUCUUUGUGCAAGUUGCUUCUAUUCAGUUUGCCAAAUUAAUUCUAAUGUGUACUUCCUGCUCUGUCAUUAUGACUAUUUCUGUAACUUAAAUAGUAUCAAUCAGCUAUUAGAAUAAAGGAUU